AUGGCUGCUGUCCUUCGUAUUCCCGAGAAAAAUGCUAGUGAGAUCCUCUUGGUCUCCAAGUUGGUUCAAUCUGAUGCCAAGGUUGAGACCUCCAAUGACCUUGUUUUAGAGUUGGACGGUGAAAAGAUUGAUACUCCCAACUCCAUCAUCAAGGCUCUUGUUUCCAAGUCCAAGAAGGCUGAAUUACUCGGUGCUGAUAAGGCUGAACAAGCUCAAGUCGAGGAAUGGUUGUCUUUCACUAACCAAUCUCUCAGAGGCGUUGGUAAGAAGGAAAUUGUCUCCAACAUUGAGAAAAAAAUCAAUGACCAUUUAAGCAACAAGACCUACUUUAUCAACAACCAUUUGACCAUUGUCGAUGUUGUCAUUUUCGGUCUCUUGUUCUCUCAUAGUAAAAGCAUCAAGGUCACUUCUGCUCCCAACACUUUGCGUUGGUUUGAUCUCAUCCAAAACACUGUUGUCAAGGCCAACAACUUGACUCAAGACUUCCCUCUUGUUGAAAUCAACCUCGAUGAUGUUCCUGAGCCUGCUGCUCCUGUUGUUGCUAAAAAGGGUGACAAGAAGGGCGGUGAUGUCAAGGCUGCUCCUGCUGCUGCUGCUGCUGCUGCUGCCAAGGACAACAAGAAGCCUGAAGCUGCUGCUGCUGGUAAGGAUAACAAGAAGGGCCCUGUCGAAGGCGGCAAGUCCAAGAAGGAAAAAAAGAAGGCUGAAAAGAAGCCUGCUGCUCCUGCACCUGUUGAAACUGAUCAACCUGUUGUCUCUCGUAUUGAUAUCCGUGUUGGUUUGAUCAAGUCUGUCAAGAAGCAUGAAGGUGCUGAUUCACUUUAUGUUGAAGAGAUCGAUAUUGGAGAGGAAGAACCUCGUACCAUUGUGUCAGGUCUUGUCAAGUGGUAUCCUGUUGAGGAGAUGGAGAACCGUAUUGUUUUUGUUGUAGCCAAUUUGAAGCCUGCCAGUAUGCGUGGUGUCAAGUCAUACGGUAUGGUUUUGUGUGCUUCUGCUGCUGAUGGAUCUGCUGUUGAAUUAUUGGCACCUGUUGAUACAUCCAAGGUCAAGCCUGGUGACAGAGUCUUUGUUGAAGGUCAAGAAGGCGAGCCCGAGAAGGUGUUGAAUCCCAAGAAGAAGUACUGGGAGACUGUUCAACCUGAACUCCAUACCGACGAUAAUCUCAUUGCUCAUUACGGUGAUAAGCCUCUUCUUGUUAGAACUGCUUCUGGUGAAGCUAUUCAAAUGAAGGCUGCUACUGUCAAGAAUGGUGGUAUCAAAUAA